AUGUCAGAAGAUUCAUUAAGAAAGCGAUUCUCUAUCUUCAAAAAGAAAAUACUGAAUGAUUCAGAGACUACUACAGAGACCCCGCCCAGUACAUUUGAUGAAACUUCAAUAAACUUUGAAUUAAAAGGAGGACCUUAUAACACAAAUUUAAUUGAAGCAUCAGCUACUGUAAAAAAUGGUCAAAAUGCAGGCAUGCCUCUUCCUCUCAGAUGCACAUGGUACAGAUCAACAAACGAAAAGCAAUUCGUUACAAUUGAAGGAGUUAAUGGUGCAUUUUAUCAGCCAAACGCUGACGAUAUUGGCUGCAAAAUCUGUGUACACGCAGUCCCUGUAAGCGAAGUAGAAGAAUAUACAGGAAUGCCAGCCUUUAAUGAAGUCGGCCCUGUCCAAAUCGACCCUGACAUGCAAAAAACAGUGCAGGAAAUUUAUGAAGCGAACUAUGCAGAAUUUACAACAAAUCUUGUAGGAGGGACAAUAGAGAAUUUAAUCCCUGGAACUGUUAGUAUCAAGCUUAGUGGGAAUCUUAUAAACGUAUCAUAUAAAGACGGUAGUGAUAUUUUAAGCACAAAGCUUGGUAUGGGUUCCCCAAUCAUAAAUCUGUCACAAAAGACAAAUACUUCCUUUUCAAUGACUUUUGAGAAUGAAAGAAUUGAUUUUAAUACAGAAAAACACACUGAAAGAGAUAUAAUUGCUAUCACUAUAAGAAUGUUUUGCUCAAAAGUAAGCACUGAAAACCAAGCUGACUGCUUAAUUAAAAUAGAGCAGCUUUCCACAAGACUUCUAAAUCUUAAUAAAGACUAUGAAAGAACAGUAUCUGCUCUUAAUUUGCUGAAAGAGGAGCAUAAAAUCAAUAUAAAAACUAUUGAAGAUGACAAGGCAAGAAUUGCGGAAUUGGAAGAAGAAAAUUCCAGCCUAUUAAACCAAGUUUCUGCACAAGUCGUUGUUUUUGAAAAAAAUGAAACUGAACUAAAAUUCCUCAGACAAGAUAUUUUGGUCUAUAAAACCCAAUGUGAAGCUUUAGAAAAUGCAAUUAAUCAGAGAAGAAUCAAUGAUAAUAACUGGGAAAUUUUAUUGAGAAGCGUUAAAGAAGAUUUAGAAGAAAUUUUAAAAAAGCAUAAAUUUUGUGAAAAUUGUAAAAGAAUUGAAAAUAUUAUUAUUGGUGCUUUUGGAAAGCUGGAUGGAAGGGUCAUUAACUCACAUCAGAGCUCAGCAAAUUCGAGUGCAAAAUCGUACCAGGAUGAAGGCUCAGAAAAUACAGAAGAUCAUGAAAAAGAAAUAAGAGAGUUUAAAGACCAAAUUUUAAAGUAUAAAUGCAAACUUAAACAGUUAGCAAUAGAAAGUGCUGAGCUUGUAAAUAGGGCUGAAGCUGAGAAAAAUUUUUAUAAAAGAAAAGCUGAUUCCUUGGCUGCUGAAAAUGAUAAAUUGCUAUCAAAGCUUGGAAAGAACCCUAAAGAAAUCACUACAUUUGCUAAAGAACGGCAAGAAUUUGAAGCAGAAAAAGAAAAAAUCCUUCAUGACUUAAAAGAAGCCCAAGAAAAUGCUUUAAAUUAUGAAAAAUUAGGCAAAAUAAACAAGAAAAAGCUGGAAGAAGAAAUAGAGAGAAAUUUUGAGUUAAGGAAAAUUCUCUCAAAAAAAUCCAAAGCAAUGACAUCCUUAGACUAUCAAAAAAUCAUAAAUUCAUUAACAGUGACUGUAGCAGAUAGAGAAGAAGAGUUAUGCCAGCAGAAAAACAUUAGCAGGGAGCUAAUGAAUCGAGUUCAAGAACUAGAGUCAAUAUUGAAGCUAACAAAUGUAAAUUAA